AGCUUCAUCAACAAAUCUUCUCUUCUUCUCAUCAAUCAUUCCGAGCAGCCAUGACAGGAAUCCAUCUGCUCACAUGUUACAGCUUUUGGAUGAUCCUUUUAGUCAAUCUCUUCUCUGCGGAAAAAGUUGUAUCGACGACAUACACAGUUGGUGAUGAAGAAGAGUGGAAUACGGGGGUAAAUUAUCUUUCUUGGUCACAGAAAUACAACUUCAGCGUCGGAGAUGUUCUUGCUUUUAAUUACGUAAAGGGGCAACAUAAUGUGGUGGAGGUGGUGGAAGAGACGUACAGAUCCUGCGAUGCAAGCAGUGGAGUGUUGGCCACGUAUAACAGCGGGAUGGAUCAAGUGAAACUCACCCAAGCAGGGAAUUACUGGUUUAUUUGCAACAUUUCUGGGCAUUGCCUGGGAGGGAUGAAGUUUGGUAUUGUUGUGAGGGAAGGAAACGCCACAAAGGCUUCUGUUUCUACCCCCCCACCGCCCACGGCCAACGGAGUUCAUACUCCGGCAAAGGCGAGGGCGUGGGCAUUCCUCGCUGCGGCACUUGGAAUUCUAUUGUGGGUUUAAUUGAGUUUUGGUGGUAAUUCGUAAUUGGAUUCAAUUAUGUUUAGGGCUGUAAACGGUAUUCGAAAAUCCGAAUUCGAAUUCGAGAUUCGGCACAGAUAUGCAUUGAUCUGAUCUGAUAAAUA